CUGUCCACCCCCGCAAAUCCCUAGGUCGCCCCCGAACUUCAUCCAGUAGGCGCUGUAAACGCCUACUGGAGACUUUAGGAAACUCCGGGCUGCGGUACCGCUUCCCCAGCCCGGUGGCAAGAGCGAGCGCGGCCGCCGGCUAGAGAGAAAGCGUUGCGCUCCGAGGCUGCGGCGCCCGGGCCGGCCGGACACUGGGGCGCGCGGCUCCGUCGCAUCCCAGAGAUGCUACGUGGAUCGAGGGCCGCGAGGAGCCGGCCGCAUCCACCUCCUCCGGAACCUGAGGCUUUCUACGGAGGGGAACCGGCAGGAAAGCGCGCCCAGGACCUAGAAAGGGGCGGCUCGGAGGGUGUCCGGAGGAGACGGGAACCCCCUCUAGAGCUUGAAGGGGACGUCGCUUCGGCCCCUAAGACUGCAGCGAUUCUUCGCGUAGAGCCGGUUCCUCGAGUGGGCGGACCCCCUCCUCCUCCUCUAGCACCACAGCGGCUUCCCACCACCGGUUCUUUUUCCACCGGAGUUCUUCUGUCUCCGAAGUCAGGCUUCAGAGGUCCAGGAUCCAAACUUCUGAGGAAGAAGAACCAAGUGUCUUCUGAAGAAUCUGGUGUGCUCAGCGGGGCACUGGGACCCGCUCAUUCAUGCGCAGUGGAAAGAGCCCUGGGGAGCAGCCAGCACUGAAUUCUAUGCAACCCCAGCCAAGUGAGUCAACCUCUCAGGGCUGCAUACCUGUGGUGAUACAUUGUGUAUCAAAUAAAGCUCGCCUGAGGAUCAGAGGACAGAGCCAGCCACUAGAUUAAACAUAGAGGCCAGGCAGUGGUGGCACACACCUUUAAUCCUACCUAACACUCA